AAAAGUGAGCAUUGAACAAGAUGGUGCUAACAACUCAAAAAUUGUUAUGGCUGACCUUUGUGAUUAUCCUCGCUUUCCCUAUUGAGGCUAGAAGGCUUUCAACAUAUGGAGAAAAGAUUUCUUCCAACUUAGUGCAAGUUGAAAAUGGAAAAAGGGCUCUUUUUGAGAGGGAUGGAUUUGGAAUGUUGGCAAAAGGUCCUGUCCCUUCGUCUCCACCUAAUAAGGCCCUUUAUGUAUUUGUUCCAUCAAAGUUUGGGGAUAUAGAUUUUGAGAAGCCUAUAGAUCCAGUGAUGCCACCCCAAAAUUUGCCUGUUCUACCAUCUGGGCUUAGCCCUGGAAUGUCUGACCCUCCUUUUGAUCUUAUUCCCAUUAGGGAUUAAGAAUGUUGGAUCUCUGAGAACUAAGCCUUUUAUCAGCCCACACCAUAACUAUGACCUAAAUGUCACCUCUUGCUUCAACUCUGCAAUGCCCAGCAUCUACUAC